AUAUAUCUGCGGCAGAUCACGAAAAUAGAAUAAGUCGCUAUAUUCGCGGUAGGACGUACUCAUAUCACGGUCUUAUCACUUGAACACGCCUUUUAAAAUUUAAUCGGUAUUUAUGUCACGUCGCUUGCUUCUCCGCGAAAUUUACUGUAAUUUCCUCGGACGCCGAGCGAUUCGCAGCCGAGUACGAAAAUUUGUACACGCCUCGCAGGUACAACUUGUGUCUCCAAUUUGCGUGGCGAUGCCUGUGUGAAGUGUCAAACAGCCGUGCGUGUACACGCGCCCGUACACGUGCACGCCUGCUCGCCCGCUCGCGAGUGAGCGUGCACCGGUCACGGCAGCGGGAUCUGUGUCUUCUCGGCUCCAGUUUAGAGCCCCGUCUCUUCUUCUCUCCCGCUCGUUCUCGCUCGUAAUCCACCUACACCCGUAACCGUGCGCGUUACUCCCUGGUGUGCGUUGUGUGGUCCAUUCAUCCACGUCGCCGUGUUCGUCCGUGCGCGUACACCUACACACGGGCCCGCGACGACUCGCGCGGUCAAGCCAAACGACGGCGACGGCGACGAUGAUGACAACGACGACGACUGUGAAUGAAAUAGUUGGAUCUGUCAGUGCCAACUAUCACGCCGUUCCCGGCGUACACGGUGCCUCGCUUAGAUCUUAUCUAUCGUUAUGCACGCGCAUACGGGUAAUAAGUGGCCGCGAGGAGAACGCGAUUAGAUCCGAUCUAAAGGUCGUGCUCCGUUUCGGGGUCGACGCCGCUCCAAUCUCGAGCUACCUGUGAGACGCAGAGCCCGACGUGAUUUAUCAUCCUGCAUUCCGAUCACCCGUGGAUUUCUUUUGAAGAUCGCUCGUGACAUAAAAAAACGGAAAAAAAACGGCGUGCCCAUUUCGCUCCAAUGAUUAAAACGAACCACGUGCUACAAUAAAAUAAGUUCAUCGGACGAACAGCGGGAGAUUGGCGUGCCGUGAGAUCUCUCGUGGGUCGUGCUCACGUUGCUCACGCGUGGACCAUUCAGCGAAAAUCGCAACCGAGUGUCCUCGAGGAGUGCGCGAUCGUCGAAAUGCGGAGAGACACCGCGGGCUCCUCGGCCGCGGCCACCAGCGAGUGCAUCAUCGUCAUCCGGCGCAGCUGACCACUGUUGUGACGGUCCUCCGCAGAAGAGCCGCUCAUACCUUCCUACUACUGGCGCAUCAUCGCUGAAUGAUUCACAUUUUGAUUUCCAACGCGAUUAACGUCGAUUCCUGAACGGAUCUAAUCAACAAGAGGGAAGAGGGAGAUAGCGGACCCCUCUCUUCCAGCAUAAUUACGUAAUUUGCGUUAUUUGUGUUCUGAAAUCUGAUCGCCGUCGCCGUCGCCGUCGCCGUCGUCGUCAUCGUCGUCACCGUCGUUGUCGACGGUGCGAGCCUUAUCAUUUUCAAAGGAGAAUGGCCAUAUAUCCACGGCAGCAAGUUCCGCGCGGCCCCCAGUAGGAAGAUGAUAGAGGGCCAGGUGCAUCAACAUCCGGCGCGAGUGCCGCCCGACAAGUCACAGCCGCCCCAGGCCGCCAGCAUCGGCGUCAAAUUCGAAAAUGAGCAAUGUAAGGAGCCCCUGCUUCCGGAGAAGCAGAACUCCCACAGGAUGACACCGACUGGUGGCCGUUCACGGACCACCUCCGAGUCAAAGGACAUCACCACCACCACUACCACCACCACCACCAGCAAUGGACAAACAGUCGCGACAAACUCCACUACCAGUGGCGGCGACGAAGAUUGCCUCGAGGUGACCAUGUUUGACGAUGGCGCCGAUGGAGGUCGGCUACCGGAUGUCGUCGCCGAGAGCAAGAUCUACGGCAUGACCGACGAGGACGAGCCUCUCGAGUCGUACUUGGCGAUCACCAUCCAGGUCUUCAUACCCUUCCUCAUCGCCGGCCUGGGCAUGGUGGGCGCUGGAUUAGUCCUCGAUCUGGUCCAGCACUGGGUGGUCUUCGAGAAGGUCAACGAGCUCAUGAUCCUAGUACCGGCACUUCUGGGCCUGAAAGGUAAUCUGGAAAUGACUCUGGCAUCGCGUCUUUCUACUCAAGCGAAUCUCGGACACAUGGACAUGCCGAAGGAACAGUGGCACAUGAUCAUUGGGAAUCUCGUCUUAAUACAGUGCCAAGCGAUAGUGGUGGGCUUCCUAGGGUCGGUGGUGGCGAUCGUGAUGGGCGCCUUCCGCAACGGCACAGUCUCCCUGGACCACGCGUAUCUCCUGUGCGCGAGCAGUCUGGUCACCGCGUCUCUUGCUUCUUUCGUUUUGGGCCUCAUUACCGCAGCCGUUAUCGUCUUCUCUCGUCGUUGCCAUAUCAAUCCGGACAACGUGGCCACGCCGAUAGCUGCCAGUCUUGGUGACAUCACGUCGCUCGCGCUCCUCUCAUGGAUCGCCACCAUACUCUACGAGUGCAUAGACAAACAGGACUGGGUGGCACCUCUCGUCAUAGCUUGCUAUGUCCUUGUGACGCCGCUAUGGGUAUGGAUCGCCAAGAAGAAUAAGUAUACCAACGACGUGCUCUACUUUGGCUGGACGCCAGUCAUGGUGGCGAUGUUGAUCAGCAGUUGCGGCGGCCUCAUAUUGGAGUUCAUGGUGUCGCGUUUCGAGAACUUGACGGUGUUCCAGCCGGUGAUCAACGGAGUCGGCGGAAACUUGGUAGCCGUUCAGGCCAGCAGGAUAUCAACGGCGCUUCAUAAGCAAGCUGAGCUCGGCACGCUCCUGAUUCCACCAGGACAUACGCAUCCGGUUAUUUUUAUUACUCCCAUCGCUAAUUUCUUCGGGAAAGGUAUGCACGCCAGGACGACGAGGGUUCUGAUGACGAUGGUGAUACCAGGCCACAUCAUCUUCAUUUACCUGAUCAAUUACAUUAAGGACGGCAACACGUCGAUGACACCGCUCUUUGUCUUCGUUUACCUUUGCGCGGCGAUGCUGCAAGUCGCGGCACUCCUCUACAUCGCCUUCAUUAUGAUCCACUGGAUGUGGAAACGGAAGAUCGAUCCCGACAACUCGGCGAUCCCGUAUCUGACUGCGAUGGGUGACUUGCUCGGGAUCAGCUUGCUCGCGAUUGCCUUCCAAUUUCUGUACCUGGUCGGAGAUCAAGAAUUCGACGCGCCCAUCACGCCCUGACUUUAGUAAUCACGUAUCGCGUUUUAUCCGGCGGACGGGGUGCACGAGUUACAAUUGUCGGACCGAAAGGGCAUUUCUACGAGGCUGUGGUCAUCUGAAAGUAUAUUCUACCGAAUCCAAUCAUCAAUCUGCCAGUUCGCCGACAAAUCUAACGGUCUCAACAGUACUACUGCGAUAAUACUAUUGCGAACGAUCACAACUAUAUCACUCGACAUAGCGUUAACAAUUCAUCACUGUAUUUUGCAUUUAUCGGUAAUUUAUUAAUUAUCCGAUCAUCGAAAGUUCGCGUCGAGAUAACAGCUCGCUCAGUCUACUUAAAAAAAAUAACACGACCGGUUUCCGCGAAAUGUAAAUGACAGUUACUGAAUUUCUGAAGAAGAAGAUACCAAUUAAUGCCUGACGAGUGACAAGAUAAAAGUGAUGAAUGGUUAAUACCUCGUCAAGUUGGGUAAGCGUACUCAGAUUUUAAUUAGCUAAUAAUGUAUCGGAAAGUAACACGAGGCUAGUAAGCGAAAUUCGAUGAUAGCACGCGGCAUAUUAAUUCGUCGACUGUCUAGAAAUUACGAGUGUACCAGAAGACACGGAAUUUUUCGAAACGGUAAACCUUAUUUGCGUAGUUCAAGCCUAAGACGCGAGUAUCAGUUUCUUCAGGAACAUUUAUUCAGAGAGAUAACGUUUAAUUAACGUUCAGGACAAAACGGCAAUAAUUUUACAGAUUUUUCAGCAAUGAGAUGCACUUGGCGAGAUAUAAAAUUUUGGUGCAUCGUGAAGUUAAAAUUAAAUCGAAGCUCGUUCUAUUUUCAAAUCAGAUCGGUCUGCACGUCGUAGUAUUUUGAGACGAUAGCUCUGUAGUUUCGUAAAAAUCUCAUUCACCUUCGAGUUCGGCGAGACUUCCGGUUCUUCCAGCGAGCACGCGCGCGAGUUGAAGUACGUAAUACGUGUAGUCGUAAUACCAACGCGUAUGUGUCUUCGAAUAGUUGCCUUCGUAUACGACGAAAUUUUAGAUAGGUAUUUAGACGCUGCCACGCGACCUAUUUUUGGAAGUCUUAGAAGCUCUCGAAUUCGCUCGAUCCCGAAGUAUCACAUAGAUUCCUCUGAUACACAGGUACAUAUACUCGCCGCAUGAAUUAUCUCAAUUCAUGCGACGUAUUUACUCGGAAUUUUAGUCUUCCUCGCAGAUAAGUUCCAAAUCUCUCUUAAAAAGAAAUACAAAAUUAUCAUUUCAAGUGAAAAAAAUCGAGCCGACAACGUGAGCUCAAGAUUGUAAGUCCGAGAGCCAGCGAAAUGCAGAAUCUCGUGUGACAGAGUGAUCGACGACAGUUUUUCGAAUCUUUUUAUUCAGUAGCCUGUUGCUUAACGUGAAGAGUUGCGAGUGUAUUUUCCAAAGUUUCCGCGAGCGGAUAUUUAGCGGAGACUUUGCAGGUGUAUCGUGACGUAUGCAGACAUAUGAUACACAUGCGAUAAUUGCUUAGCGUCUAAAAGAGGAAGCCGAGUGCGUGGUAGUAGUAAGAAAGUAUCGAUCCACAAAUUUUAUCCGAUAGAUUGUAUAAGGGUAACGUUGCCUCGAGGGAGGCGAUGACGAGACACGUAUCAACAUUCCAAAACUGAAACAUGCAUUUAGUUAACGUUGACAUUGACGAUUGUCCGAGACAACGCGUGGAUUAUUUAAUUCACGUUGUAGGGACAUUAUUGCAACACGUAGUACAACGCGUCUUGUGUUCACAGACAGAGAAGGAGACAGGGAAGAAGAGAGAUUUUUCACAGCGAUGCUUCGGAGAUUAAUUUCGCUCGGUACAUCCGUCAGCUUACAUGAAUGUAGUACACCGUAUAGUAUUGUAAAUUAAGAUAUCCCGCGAAACCUCGUCAUAAUUCCCGUGUACAUAUGUAUUAACUGUAACGACGCGCGUGUUUCGCGCGACUAAAGCGUAAAACGAAAGGUAGGCGCCGUGAGUCGAAGACUAAUAUUUAGUCUUCUUCGCGGUAAACAGUGCGAAAAGAAGGAGAUUCGCGUCCGCAGGUAGAUAUCGCCUUUCGGUACAUAAAUGUUCAGUAUUAUCGCUUCACUGUCGCCUCGACGGGCGACCAGCAGAUAUCCGAUUCGGCCGAGGGAGAACACGCCCUUGUUCGGCACACGUGUUCGUUCCUGACCUGGCGCUGGCAAAGGCUUGCUGCGUUCAGGUCCUGAAAUCCUGAGAUUUUUUAGAUAGCACAGUAGAAGCGCGGUAGGAAGAAAUCAUCCGACGCGAAAUUCGUUAUGCAAUUAGCAGUGCGCGAGUUCUUUCGUUGUCGAGUUUUGUCUUAUUCGGUAGCGUUGCUUUGUGAGUUUCAUCAGCACGAUGGUACUGCGAGAUUAAAUGCACUCAUAUUGGCGAACGUAAAUUCUUCUGUGCGUAUAUAUAUUUUAUCGUGCGAUCGAGUACUUGAAACGAUUCGUUAAGUCCAUCACUCUAGCUGCUGUAGCCAUCGCUUCAUCUUCAUCAAGUGAUACAUAUUCAUUCUUUAUUCUUUUUCUUUAUACACAUACAAUAUAAUAAUCGUAUCGCGAGGAGAACGUGCUAUGAACGCGCAGACAAUAAUACGCAAUUUGAGGACGGAUAUACGAAGUAUUUUGUAUAUAAAAACGAAUAUGUAGGACACUUGUACAAAGCCGACUUUUACAGUUAGAAGAAUGGAAAUGACACAUACAUAUACAAAUAUAUAUAUACAUAUUUUAAACCGUUUUAUUCUCGCUACUCUCGUGAAACUUGGAGAAGGAUAUCGCGAAGAGGAACGAUGCUGCCACUCGAUCGCCGGAUUGAAAACUUUCGUCUCGACGUAACAUAACGUAUAUCCAAAGAAACAUAGUCGUUUUAACGAUUGUCUGUAGCCUAAAGUAGUGCGGUUUUCGCAUAAGCUAUAGAACGAAUGUACAGACAAUAAUAGCGAAAAGAAGAGAAAAAGAAAUAUUUUGUAUACAGUAUCGUCUUAAAAACCGUAAUGUGUCUCUUGCAAACGAUAGAACCGUGAAGUUCUACUAACGAAGAGAUCGAGCAGUGUACUUCGGAAAUAUGUUCCUGUCAUUAUGUUAAAGUACGAAAGAAAGAGAGAGAUAAGUACUUCGCGUAUCGUCUUCGCAAAUGUACCGGAUCGAUAUCUGUAGUCAAUUAUACGGCACGAAUUUUACGACAGUGAGAUACGCCGCACACGUGUUUGUGCAAGUAAUUGCGAUGUCUAGCUAAUAUUAUUAACGCUUUUAAUUGUUAAAACGGGAUCGUCAAACGUGGCAUAAUAGUCGAGAAAUAUUUUGACGUAGAUCUCACACACCGAGAUGUAAUUUUGUAAGAUAUGUAUAAUAAAAAUGUACAG